UAAGUCUACGCUCAAUCAAUGCCUUACCCAUUCCUACCGGUGUUUCCCCUCUUCAUUUUGCUCUUCUUCUUGCUUUCACUUCUUCAAUUCUUGCGACUUUCCCAUUGUUUGCUUGAUGGAGCUUAAUUACAGUCCUUAAAAGGCUGUCCUGCUUGCUUGAUAGAUGGAUGCUGUUGAAAAAGAUGAUAUGCCAAUGUUAACCGAUACAGACUGGCCAUCCGAUAGAAAUGAGGAUAACUCACAGCGAAGGUUGUCACGCAGGAGCAAAAGUGUUUCAAUAUCCAUCCCAGUGAGCUCAUUUGAGUUGGAUUCCAGUGCAACAAGUCUUGUUGGCUUUACAGGUCCCUUGUGUUGUGGAAGAAAAACUCCACGUAGACAGAGACAAGGGAAUCCCUCACAGUCCAUCCAUGGUACCAUAGGCUUUGAAAGGAGAGAGCCUGUGGAACAAGAAAACAUUAUAAUGCUUAAUCAUCAGAGGGGAGAUCAUGAUAAUGAAGCAAAAAAUGAACACUUAUUGAGGUCAGGACAAUUGGGGAUGUGCAAUGAUCCUUACUGUACAACAUGCCCAAGUUCUUACAAUUACAAGGAACUGCUGAAGAACUCAAGACAAACAUUUGGGAUUGGAACAGAGCUUCAUGAUGUUCUGCAUGGAGGUGCAACGGGGUGGGCAAGAAAAAAGUUAUCCUUGCUGAAGCAUUUUAUAUUUGGGGUCAUGAAUCCACAUGCCAAAGUUGUUCAGCAGUGGAACCAAUUCAUUGUCAUUUCUUGCUUAUUGGCCAUUUUCAUAGACCCCUUAUUCUUUUACUUGCUGUUAACAGAUAAGGUUCAUAAGUGCAUAGUAAUUAAUUGGCCUAUGACGCAAACCAUUGUGGUUUUCAGAAGCAUGACGGACCUUAUUUACCUCACGCACAUGCUAGUUCAGUUCAGGUUAGCAUUCAUUUCACCUGAAUCAAGAGUUGUGGGUGCUGGAGACUUGGUUGACCAUCCUAAAGAAAUUGCGUUACAUUAUCUUUCCGGAUUUUUUUUCCUCGACUUAUUUAUUGUAUUACCACUUCCUCAGAUGAUAGUAUUAUUUAUUCUACCAAAGGCCAUUGCAUCAUCUGGAGCUAAUUAUGCAAAGAAUCUGUUGCGAUCAUCUGUUCUGGUUCAGUACCUUCCCAGAUUAUACCGAUUUCUGCCUCUUCUUGCUGGCCAGUCUCCAAGUGGUUUCAUAUUUGAGUCGGCGUGGGCGAACUUUAUCAUCAAUCUUCUGACUUUUGUCUUGUCUGGUCAUGUUGUUGGGUCAUGCUGGUAUCUUCUUGGGUUACAGAGAGUGAAUCAAUGCCUUCGAGAUGCUUGUCAUAACUCUGGAAUCGAAUCUUGCAUGAAGUUUCUAGACUGUGGGCAUGGGACUGAUUUUCAGAAAUUUGAAGUGGACCCAAAUUGGAAAAGCUGGAAGGACAAUGGAAAUUCCAGUGCUUGUUUUAGUGAAGGUGGUUUCCCCUAUGGAAUUUAUGUGAAAGCUGUCAAUCUCACCACCGAAAAUAGCAUAAUCACAAGAUAUGUCUACUCCUUUUUUUGGGGGUUUCAGCAAAUUAGCACACUGGCUGGCAAUCAAACUCCAAGUUAUUUUGUGUGGGAAGUUCUAUUUACUAUGGGCAUCAUUGGGCUUGGACUUCUGCUUUUUGCGCUUCUUAUUGGAAACAUGCAAAACUUUCUUCAAGGUCUCGGACGCAGGCGGCUUGAGAUGUCACUUAGACGACGUGAUGUUGAGCAGUGGAUGAGCCACCGACGCUUGCCAGAAGACCUACGAAGAAAAGUUCGAGAGUCGGAGCGUUAUAAUUGGGCUGCUACCCGAGGGGUUAAUGAAGAAAGGCUAAUGGAGAAUUUGCCUGAAGACGUGCAAAGAGACAUACGCCGGCAUCUCUUUGAGUUUGUCAAGAAAGUCCGAAUUUUUGCACUAAUGGAUGAACCAAUUUUAGAUGCAAUAUGUGAAAGGUUAAGGCAAAAGACAUACAUCAAAGGAGGAAAAACUUUAUAUCAAGGAGGGCUUGUGACGAAGAUGGUUUUUAUAGUAAGAGGGAAGAUGGAGAGCAUGGGUGAAGAUGGUAAUAAAGUUCCACUGUCGGAGGGUGAUGUGUGUGGCGAAGAACUUCUAAGAUGGUGCCUUGAAGAUUCCUCUGUUAAUGGAGAUGCAAGAAAUCAUACACAACCAAGAUACAGAUUACGUAGCAACAGGACGGUGAAAUGCUUAACAAAUGUUGAGGCCUUUGUGCUUCGGGCUGCAGAUCUUGAAGAAGUCACCAGCCUUUUUGCUGGUUUCUUGAGGAAUCAUCGUGUUCAGAUUGCCAUAAGGAACGAGUCUCCGUACUGGCGAGGCUUGGCGGCAACCACCAUCCAGGUGGCAUGGAGAUACAGGAAGAAGCGGCUAAGUCAUACACACACCUCACGUGGUGGUAUACUCUUUCGUCCUAGUUGGAUUAGCCGCUAGUGUAAAACUCUCAUAAAUUUCCACUUAUGAAGUCGUAAUUAUGUAUAUUUCACUGGAAAUACCUUGAAUUAGGCAAUAUGGGUGUCUAAAUGUCUCUACGGUCUGUAUCGAUGCUUCCUCAUUGUGUCUGUAGAUAAUGAAGUCAUAUUUAUAAGAUGUACAUUUUGUCAAUUGUGCCUA